GAUAUGUCUAAAGGGAUCAUGACUGUGACAGCGUGAAGGUUUUUGUUUUUCUUGAUUUGUUAAAAUAUAUUAUUACGUACAUAUCUAUUUCUAUUUGAAAGAGUUUGAAAUAUUCUGUCAGUAGAUUUGGACACAGCUUAAUAAUUCAAGAUGAAAGGAAUUAUUCCAGGGAAUAAUGUAAAAGUAUUUGGUCGUGCAAUUCAUGCUCUUGCAAAAAUUGGAGAAGAUAUCUACAUUGAAUCUGAGGAAGCUGGUGUAAGGUUUUUAUAGUAUUUCAAAAGGUAUUACCUGAUAUAGUGUAUUUCAAACAAAUCAUAACUUAGUAGAAUCACACUUGCUCUGUUAUUUUAUCUAAACAGAGAAACACUUCUCACAUCAUCUAUGUCGUAUCCAGUGAUGAGUUUCCACCAAUACAUAUUGAAAAAUGCUAAACAGUCUCUCUCGUAUAUUCAUAUACAUUAAGCUCUUUCUUCAGACAGUUAACUCGGCUCGAUCAGCAUAUGCCUGUUUAUGUCUCAGUCCUCAUUUUUUUGCUAUCUAUGAAGAAGGAAGUGGAAUAAAGUGGAAAGUGGCAAUGAAAUCCUGUAUGAUGGCAUUUAAGUCUCUCACUAGUCUGGAGAAAAAUGUAGACAAAUGUUGUUUGGAGCUUGGAACUAAUGAAGACAAAUUAAUUGUGCAACUGCAUCAAAAACAUGGAAUGGUGAAAACAUUUUAUAUUCCAGUUAUUGAGAGUGAGACUCUUCAAGCAGUUUUUCAGAAGAAUGGUUCUGCCAGUACACUUACAGCUCAGUCUAGACUAAUGUCAGAUGGCAUUCAAAACUUCCAAGCAAGUGUUGAAGAGGUAACUCUGUCUGUAUCUCCUGAUAAAGUAACUCUUUGUAACUUUGUUGAUGAUGAACCAGAUCCAACCAAAGUUGUUCACACAGCUUUGUCAUUAGAACCAGAAGAAUUUGAAAAUUACCAGCUAAAUCACUGUGCAGAAAUAACUUUUUGUCUCAAAGAGUUCCGGGCAGUAUUGACUUUAUCAGAGGGCAGUAAUGUUCCUGUUUCUAUCAGUUUUGAAGAUCCAGGGAGACCUAUAAUCUUCAGUGUAAAAAUUGAACCAGACUUAGAAGCUGAUUUUGUACUGGCCACUCUUGCUGAUCAUAAUAAGGGACAGUUAUCAUCAUCUGGUUCUUCAUCUCCUCAGAGAAACAUCAAUAAGCCCACUAGUGUUGUUGUUAGUAGGCCAAGAAAAUCACUGAACAAUAAGCAUGCACAAGAAGUUGUGUCAAAGCAAGCACUACACUUACCACUUACAAGUACUUCACCUUCAAUGGAACAUAAAGAAAUGGAGGAAUAUGUAGUUCCUGGAACACCACCAAGCAAAAGAUUUUGCUCUAUGUUUUUGGGACUGUCACAACCGAGCCAGUUCACUUCCAUGGCUCCCGAUCCUGAUGAAGUUUUAGCAGAGGCUACAGAUGAAGAAGAGAGUUGAUAACUGUGGAAUGGAGGUUAUUUUGCAAAUAGAUGUUGUUUAUAAUUUUAUUUCUUUAAUAAAUUAGCCAUACAUUGUAAUAUUUGAAUAAUUUAUGUAUUUGUUAUGCAGAAAAAUAAAUAAAGGUAACAUGUAA